AUGUCCGAGUCUGCCAGCUCGAUAGGUGCUGAACCGCGCUCCAAAUCCGCAGAUUCUGUUUCUUCCCCAUUUCCCGACGUAUUUCCAGAUACCAGCCCAAUUACAGGCCCUGCAAUAGAUCUUUACGAAGAUGGCUACAAUGAUCCAGUCUAUCAGGCGAAAGCUCGCAUCUUAAAUCAUGCAAUACAAGAUAUCGGCAUGGGAAGAUACCAGUGGUAUCUUUUCGUGGUCACCGGCUUUGGCUGGUUUGCUGAUUCGGUUUGGCCCCUUUUGAGCGGACUCAUCCUCACACCUGUAGUCAAUGAAUUCCACUUCAACGGGCCUUUCCUAUCGUUAGCUUCGAACCUAGGUCUUCUUGUCGGUGCCGUAUUUUGGGGUCUUGGAUGUGACAUCUGGGGAAGGAGGUGGUCUUUCAACGUUACACUGUUUAUCGCUGGAAUAUUCGGAUUAGCAUCAGGCGGAGCUCCUAGUUUUGUUGCCCUAGCCUCUUUGAUCGCUAUGGUUGGUGUCGGCGUGGGAGGCAACAUGCCAGUGGACUCUGCUGUUUUUCUUGACUUUGUCCCAGGUUCCCACCAAUACUUGCUCACUAUCCUGUCCAUCUGGUGGUGUCUCGGACAAUUGUUGUCCAGUCUCGUUGCUUGGCCCCUGAUUGCUAAUUAUUCUUGUGCCAGUGCCUCAGACUGCACCAAAUCCAACAAUAUGGGAUGGCGUUAUCUGUUGCUCAUCCUCGGCGGAAUAACUCUUUUCUUGUGGGCCAUUCGGUUCUUCAUCUUCACGUUGUUGGAGAGUCCGCGUUUCCUCUCUGGCAUCGGUCGUGACGCUGAUGCCGUUGAGAUCAUCCACAAAUUGGCAAAAUUCAACGGAAAGACGUCUACACUCACUGUAGAAGAGCUUGAGGCUCCCGGCAGAACAAUGACAGGCAGUGGUGCAUCCUCCGGGGUAAGGUAUAAGAUAUUGAGCAAGAGUUCCACGUAUGGCACUGGACAUAUCAAAGCUCUCUUUGCGACUCCCAAGAUGGCUUGGUCGACUAGUCUCUUGAUCGCUAUCUGGGGUGUUAUCGGACUUGCCUCCACGCUGUACAACAACUUCCUGCCAUAUUUGUGGGUCUUCAAACAAGAUAUAUAG